AUGGUAGAAAUGAAAGGAAAAUUUGUAAAUUCAAUGGGUCCAUUUGAUAUUUGUCAAAAAUUACAUCAACAACAAAGAACUAAACAAAAUGAUUGUGGUUUUUUAUUAGAAUGUGAAUCACAUAGUCAAAUAGUGCAUAAAUGUGUAUUACGUGCGGUCUCAACAAAAAUCGAUCAAUUCUGUAUGGCAGAAGAAGAAAAUGUAGAAUGUUCAACUGAUAAUAUUAAUAUAAAUUGUUAUGAUAACAUUAAUAAUAAUAAUAAUAAUAAUAAUAAUCACGUUUGUAACACAGUAAAACAAUCAAAGAAUUCAUUUUAUUUAGGUCGUAUAUCUGCGAAAACAUUGGAUACUUUUGUAAAAUAUAUUUAUCAAUCAGAGAUUACAAUUGAUGAUCUAACUGUAAUUGAAUUGUACAAUGUUGGUGUUUUAUUAAACAUACAAUUUAUUCAAGAUGCAUGUAUUAACUAUUUGAAAACAAGUUUAAAUGAGAAUAAUUGUUUAAUAUUCAUGAGACAAAAUAAUAAUGUAAAUAAUUGUGAAGCAAAUCAAUUAACUAAUGAAUGUAUUAAACAUGCAGCAAAACAUUUUGACAAAAUGUUAGAUAAUCAUGAGACUAUGAACAUUGAACCUAAAGAACUAUUAGCAAUACUAGAACAAGAUGACUUCAAAGUUCAAGAUGAAUGGAAACUUCUGGAAUUUAUACAUAUAUGGAUUAAAAAGGAUUAUGACAAUCGUCACACAUAUAAAGAACAACUAUGUGAGCAUAUACGUUUUCAAUUGAUAGACACAAUGAAGUUACUUGAUAUAUUAGAAAAUCAAGAGAUGAAUAUAUUUCAUUCAUAUGUAAAAAACGCGCUUAUUGAUUUAGGUCAGUUAUCAAGGUCAGUAGCAAUAGCCAAAUGGAAUCGUAAAUCAAAUCAUUCUAUAGACAAAGAGUUGACGUUGACUAAUUUACCGGUAUGCGAUUUGAAUAGUGACUCGCCAAAACAAACUACAGAAAAUACAUCUUUGAUAUGCUUUGGAGGACGAUUAUGUAACAAAAGUUUCUCAUCAAAUAUAACAUGUUAUAAAAUUUUUGAAAUGAAAUCAUUUAUUAAUCAGAAUGAAAAUUUGUGCAAAAAUUAUAAUAUUGAUGAAAAUUAUUCAAAUAAUAAUUAUAUGGAAUCAUGUACAUUUCCUUAUUUAAAACAAAUAAUUUUACCAAAUUUAAAAACUAUGCCUUCUUUAAGAAAAGGUUUUGGGGCUAUCAAUUUAAAUGAUAAAAUUUAUCUUGUUGGUGGAAAACCCAAAUGUUCAAUGAAAACAUCUAAUAUUUACGAUAUUUCAUUAGGUUUAUGGUCUAGUGGACCAAAUUUAAAUAUUGGACGAAGUUGGUAUUCAAUUACGGAAUGUGAUGGUGUGAUGUUUGCUAUAGGAGGUGUCGGAGAAGACGAUCAAAAUUUAUCAUCCGUUGAGAUGUUGGACCCACGAGUAAAUAAGUGGGAAUCAUGUUCGUCAAUGUUGAGACCACGAUUUGGUUGUAGCGUUUGCUCUACCAAUAAUGAAAUUAUAGUUGUUGGUGGGGUCAGCGAUUCAACUAUCGAGAUGUAUGAUAUUAUGUCAGGAAAAUGGCAGUUUUUAGCGAAAAUGACUGAAGUACGUGAAGCCUCGAGUGUUUUUAUUCAUAAUGAUUGUGUAUACGUAUGCGGUGGAGCUAAUGAAACUGGUUGUGUAAAUACCACAGAUAUAUUUUCGUUGAAAACUACAAUUUGGAGUAAAGGCAAACCAAUGAUUUUACAUCGGGCAUUUGCUGCUACACGUAUAUGGAAUGAUUAUAUCUUUUUAAUUGGUGGUCGUAACAAUAUGGAACCAUCAAAUUUAAUUCAAACUUACAAUUUAAAAACAAAUGAAUGGGCGGUUUUACCACAAACAUUACCAUAUCUUGUUUCAAAUUGUUGUGCUAUAACCACCAGUUUAUUAUAA